AUGAGGCUUCAGCGUCCCUUGAAGGACGCGAUCGAUGCGGGAGCUCGGGCCGGUCCGGGCGUAAAAGCGAUUCCCACGGUGAAGUCCAAGAAGAAGACCUUGGCGAAGCCGCCCGCGGCCGGGGUGGCGGCCACGAGGGCGGCCGAGGCAAAGAAGAAAGCCGCGGAGAGGAAGGCGGCGCCGUCCGACCUUGGGGGUGCGGGGUCGGCUCCAGAAGAGCCCGCCGCCGGGAGUCAAGCGGAGAAGGAGAGCACUAGCCACGUCGAGCCCACCGCCAACGUUUUUCCUCUACCCAGCAUGGCUCGCGGGGGCAUGGCGAGUGCGGCGACGGGUCCGGACGUUGCUCCGCCUGUGGUGGAGGAGGAGUCGACUGACAUUGGAUCGACCGAGGGGCAGAAGGCACCCGAAGUUGAAGAGGACAUCGUCGAGGAGGGCGGUCUGUCGGAGCCACUGAAAGAGCGCCGGUCCAAGGCCGCCAGGGACCGCGCCCCGCCCAGCGACACCGACACGCGGACGGGCGAGGUUCCGUCGACUGAGGCGGUGAUGCGAGCGGACGGGGCGACCGAGUCGCGUCAUCCGCCGCCGUCUUCAUUGACCUUCACUGAGCUCCACACGGCGCUUGGCGAGGCGCAUGUGGCGGAGAUUAAGCGGCUGACCGCGCUUGUGGAGGAGGCGGCGCAGAAGAACCGGAAGCUGAUUGCCCUGGGCAGUAAGUCAUGCCCACUCGCCGUCCUCAUUCAGUGUCACUGGCCCGGGCGUUCGUUCUCACCGUUUCCUUUUCUUGUAGCAGAGGCGCAGGCAAAGGCUCUUGCCGAGGCUCGGGAAGGGUUCGUCAAGGAGUCCUUCUACCGUGAAGCCGAGUUCCGGGCGCAGCAGGCCGAAGAGGCCCGGAAAAGGGCGAAAGCGGAGGUGGCGGAAUUGACGAAGGUCCUGGAGCAGAAGGGCCGGGAGCUGGAGGACGUCAUCACCGAAUACAAGGUGAAGCUGGAGGCCGCGACUGAUGCGCGGGACUCUGCACGUGGGGCUGCCGCGUCUCUGCGGGAGGAGGUGGCGGCCUUGAAGCAGCAGCACGCCAAAGAACUUGCUGCGGAGAAGGAGGCGUCCGAGGGCAUCGUCCUGGCGGUGCAGGCCGAGAAGACCAACUUCGAGGCUUUCGUCAGGGAGAUGUCGCGGCAGAUUCUUGGUACGUGCGACUUCGUGGAGACGGCGACUCCACGGGAAUGCCUGUCGACCGCGACCGCGCGUAUCAUCGCCUGCGCGGGGGAGAUACUUGCCGCGCUCCAGUGCACGAGCCCGCGGGAGGACUUGCAUCUGCGCACGAUGGCGCGUGCUUUGGUUUCAUCCAUCGGCGGUGCCUGGCUCUCGAGGUAG